AUGAUUGCUGAGAUCGAAGCAAGCAAGAGCAAGAUUGUUGACACGAACAAAGAUCAAGCUAAGAAACGAAAGCGAAAUACAGCAGAAGGCUCGACAGCAGCCGAAGCAGAGAAGGACAUUCACUCUACCGGCAACGGAAAAGCAUCUUCUCUCGUUGCAGCACACUACAAUGCACGCCAAGAUGCAGGAAGAGAUGCAAGGAAACAAAGCCCGAUCAUUGAUCUUAAAACAUUUAACAAUUGGGUGAAAAGCGUCUUGAUACAGCAAUAUGGUCAGAAAGGUGGUCGUGUGUUCGAUAUUGGAGGGGGAAAAGGCGGAGAUUUGAAGAAAUGGGACAAAUGUGGAAUCAGAGAGUUAGUCUUGGCGGAUAUUGCAGAAGUUUCUGUUUCUCAGGCCAGAGAUCGAUUUAUGGAUCAAAGACAUCGUUUCAAGGCGGAAUUUUUUGCAAUGGAUUGUUUCGGUGAACCUGUAGAAGAUCAUGUGCCGGCAAAUCUCCUUUCGCCUCUUUUCGAUACCGUUUCACUUCAAUUUUGUCUUCAUUAUGGUUGGGAUAAUUAUGCUCAUGCCGAUUUGAUGCUCGAUAAUAUCGCUAAAUAUCUCAAGGCUGGUGGGACAUUCAUUGCUACGUUCCCGGACUGUUAUGAACUUCAUUCACGUUUAACGGAAGCUGUGGCAAGAGAUCCGUCUGCAAAAUCGUUCGGAAAUACCUUUUACAACGUAUCCUUCGAUGAAGUGAAUCGAACGGAAGACAAUCCCAUCCACUUUGAGCCAUUUGGUCAACGAUAUACAUUUGCACUUACAGAUGCGAUUGAUGAAGUGGCAGAGUUUGUGGUUGAUUGGAGAGAAUUGGAAGAAAUGGCUCGCAAAAAAGGCUUACGAUGUACUUAUCAUGGAAAUUUUGCAAACUUUUGGCAAGAAUUCGGUUUGCAAGGUGGACCUUUUCGAAAUUUAGCCGAUAGGUUUGGAAUCCGAAUCAAUCAAGAAAUCCCAAUGAAUGAAGAUUUAUGGGGAGCUGUAACAAUUUAUGCUGCUGUUGCAUUUGUCAAAGAAUGA